AUGUUUGGGAUAGCGGGAGUGAGCAGUACGGGACUUCAUGAAAAAACGAUUAGUGUAGUUGCAAAAGAUGCAAAGAGUGGAAAGCAAAUAAAGCUUGAAUAUAUUAAUAAGAAAAUUACUGGUAAUGGUUCUUUUGGAGUUGUGUAUCAAACGCGACUUGUAGAAACCAAAGAGGAUGCUGCCAUCAAGAAGGUGUUGCAGGACAGACGAUUCAAGAACCGUGAAUUACAAAUUAUGCGUCUUGUUGAUCAUGUCAAUGUAUGUCAAUUAAAGUCAUACUUUUAUAACCAAGUGGAAAACAAGGAAGACGAAGUUUAUUUAAACUUAGUCAUGGAAUAUGUACCCGACACUUUAUAUCGAGCCACCAAACACUACAGUAAAGCCAAACAACAUAUGCCCAUGAUUCUUGUCCAAGUUUACAUGUACCAAGUGCUUCGAUCUUUAGCCUAUAUCCACGCUCUGGGUAUCUGUCAUCGUGAUAUCAAACCACAAAAUAUAUUACUCGACCCUGCCACAGGUGUAUGUAAGAUGUGUGAUUUUGGAAGUGCAAAGAUACUUGUACCUGGUGAACCUAACGUCUCGUACAUUUGCUCUCGUUAUUACCGUGCUCCCGAGUUGAUUUUCGGUGCUACAAAUUAUACACUUUCUAUUGAUGUUUGGUCCACAGGCUGCGUCAUGGCUGAACUGAUCUUAAAUGAACCUUUCUUUCCCGGUGAUAGUGGUAUUGAUCAGCUAGUAGAGAUCAUCAAAAUCUUGGGUACUCCUUCCAAGGCAGAAAUUGCAGCUAUGAACACGAGCUAUGUCGAGCAUAAAUUCCCUCAAAUCAAACCCCACCCACUUCCAACGAUCUUCAAAAACGCCAGCCCAGAGGCAGUGGAUUUAUUAUCUCGCAUGCUGAAAUACGAUCCCAAGGAACGAAUCACUGCCAUCGAGGCAUUAAGCCAUCCCUUCUUCAAUGACAUGCGUGAUCCAGACACAAGAUUACCCAACGGACAACCUUUACCACCCGUCGUGAACUUUUCAAGACAAGAGUUGUCUAUCCGACCUGAUUUAAUUAGACAGUUAGUGCCUCCACAUUAUGAGCAGGAACUUUUCUCUAGAGGUAUCGAUAUCCAUCACUUUGACCCUAUUCCUCUCGAUCAAAUGAAGAUUUCUCCCAACGCAAUUUAAAUUCCUAACAAACACAAAAAAAAAAAUAUGUAUUAAACCCCUACACACCCCCUCACACACAAUCUGCCACAUGCACUUUUCUAUUAUUAUUAAAUCCACCUCGGUGUAUACAUACAUCCAAAUUGUAAUGAAAGAAACACGUACACAUCCCAAAAAAAAAUGUCACACGAUUUGUUUCUAUUUCUGGGCGCACUAGUCUUUUCGGGAUGUCACACUCAUGUCAUAGUUACAAAAGGUAAAUCUGGGAGAUCCAAUUCCCACUGGGAAAUAGUAUAUAAAUGCCUGGACAUUGUUUAAACCUCUGCGGUGCAUCGAAUAAGGAUAUAUAUAUAUGAUCAACUACGUUUCCCAAUGAGAAAUGUCAUGAUUCACUGCUAGGGUCGAAAUCGGAAAAGACUCUAAUUUUAAUUAUUGUCUUGAU